CUCUCUGUCAGUGGCUGCUGCCUGCUCCGGAGGCUCCCCGUGCGGUAGCGACCCAAGCUAGCAAGGUGGACGAUAGCGCCGGGCGUUGCCCGCUUCUCGCAGCUGAGAAUUUCUCUGGACAGUUAAUGGUGUUUAUCAUUGUGACCUGUUUUCUACAAAUAAAUGAUGGGUGGAAUAUUUUCUCGAUGGAGGACAAAACCUUCAACUGUAGAAGUUUUGGAAAAUAUAGAUAAGGAAAUUCAAGCUUUGGAAGAAUUUAGUGAAAAAAAUCAGAGAUUACAAAAAUUAUGGGUCGGAAGAUUAAUUCUCUAUUCCUCAGUUCUCUACCUGUUUACAUGCUUAAUUGUAUACUUGUGGUAUCUUCCCGAUGAAUUUACAGCAAGACUUACCAUGACACUACCAUUUUUUGCUUUUCCACUAAUCAUCUGGAGCAUAAGAACUGUACUUAUUUUCUUCUUUUCCAAAAGAACAGAAAGAAACAAUGAAGCAUUGGAUGAUUUAAAAUCUCAGAAGAAAAAAAUACUUGAAGAAGUUAUGGAAAAAGAAACUUAUAAGACGGCUAAAUUAAUCCUUGAAAGAUUUGAUCCAGACUCAAAGAAAGCAAAGGAGUAUGAGCCGCCACCUGCUGGAGCAGCUGUAACUGCAAGACCUGGACAAGAGAUUCGUCAACGAACUGCAGCACAAAGAAACCUAUCCCCAGCACCAGCAACUGCUAACCAGGGACCUCCUCCACAAGUUCCAGUGUCGUCUGGACCACCAAAAGACCACACUUCUGCCCCUGGUGGACCACCCGAAAGAACUGUUAGUCCAACUGUACCUUCAAAUGUGUUACCAAGACGUUUUGGAUCCCCUGCUACUUCAGUGCCUGGAAUGGGUCUUCAUCCUCCAGGGCCACCUCUAGCAAGACCCAUUCUCCCUCGAGAACGAGGUGCUCUGGAUAGAAUUGUUGAAUAUUUAGUUGGUGAUGGUCCACAGAACAGGUAUGCCCUUAUUUGUCAGCAGUGUUUUUCUCAUAAUGGCAUGGCUUUGAAGGAAGAAUUCGAAUACAUUGCUUUUCGAUGUGCCUACUGUUUUUUCUUGAAUCCUGCAAGAAAAACCAGACCUCAGGCUCCCAGACUUCCAGAGUUUAGUUUUGAGAAAAGGCAGGCCGUGGAAUGUGCCAGUUCAGUUGGUCCCUUGACAUCAGGAAAUGUGGUUCCGUCAGAAAGCCAAGCUCCCGAAGAAUCUUUAGAAGAACAAGAAGAUCUUUAUACUAGUGCAGAGCAAACAGAUGACAAAAUGUCAGCUGUAGAGCAGGCAGACCAAGUGACUGAAAAAGCACCUGGUACGGGAGAGCCAGAGGAGAAACCCGGAGAGAUGGAGAAAGAGGAACCCUCAGUGGAUGAAGUCAAAUCAUUGGUUCCCAGUGCGCAUUCUCCUUCUAAUCCUGAACUAAGCGGGGAAUCUUUGAUGACAAAGGAGUAAAUGCUUCUACGUGCCUUC